AAUUUAAGAGAAAUGGGGCAAAAGAAAAGCAAAGGACUCGCGCGAACCACCAUAAUAAAAAUAAUAAUGGCGGCAACCAUGAUGACUUUAUCGCACGUGCCGAGCACCAUUGCGCACGUGCGAGCCCAUGCACUCCCAAUUGCUAAUUCCAAAUUCAACUUAUUAGUAAAUACAAAGAGCACCACCACCAACUCCGCCAUAACCACUCCACAAUUCACCUCAGUUGAUCGGAGAAUGGAUUCUUCCGAAGAUGCCGCCAAACUUCGCUCCGACUUUCUGCACCUCCUCCGCACUCGCCGGACUGCUGAAGUUCCACUUUCCGUCGAACCUGCGCAGCCUGUACAAGAUCCAUUGUAUCAAGAAACUCCGAAGCCAACCUUCAGUGAGGCAAUGGAGUCUUGUCCAAAGAAAGAGAUUCCUAAUUUUAAAGAACUGCUUCAAGAGGAGAACUUUUACCUUACAACUGAGGCAGGGGAGCAAGGACGCUUACCUGUUCUGAUAUUGAAACUGAAGGAGAACAGUCAAAAGAGAAGGCCAGCGAUAGUUUUCCUACAUAGUACUCACAAAUGCAAAGAGUGGUUGCGCCCUUUACUUGAGGCAUAUGCUUCGAGGGAUUACAUUGCUAUAGCCAUUGAUUCCCGUUAUCAUGGAGAGCGUGCGAAAAACCUGACAACUUACCGAGAGUCUCUGGUGUCAUCAUGGAAAAAAGGCGAUACGAUGCCUUUCAUAUUUGAUACGGUAUGGGACUUGGUAAAAUUGGCGGAUCAUCUUACACAAAGGGAGGACCUAGAUCCCUCUAGGAUAGGAAUUACGGGUGAAUCACUUGGAGGAAUGCAUGCUUGGUUUGGUGCCGCUGCCGAUGCUCGCUAUUCAGUGGUUGCCCCUGUAAUUGGUAUUCAAGGGUUCCGGUGGGCAAUUGAUCACGACAAGUGGCAAGCUCGAGUCGACAGCAUUAAGGCUGUAUUUGAAGAAGCGAGAACUGAUUUGGGAAUAAAUGCAAUCGACAAAGAAGUGGUGGAGAAGGUGUGGGAUAGGAUUGCUCCUGGUUUGGCCUCUGAUUUUGAUGCACCUUACACUGUUCCUGCUAUUGCACCGCGUCCUCUGCUGAUUUUGAAUGGUAAAGAAGAUCCGCGUUGCCCUCUGGGUGGAUUGGAACUUCCCGAAUCAAAAGCAAGAAAGAUUUACGAAAAGGCCAAUGCCGUUGACGACUUUAAGCUGAUAGCUCAACCAGGUAUCGGACAUCAAAUGACAUCUUUGAUGGUCAAAGAAGCCAGCGACUGGUUCGAUCAAUACCUUAAACCAUGAGAAGGGUUAUAACUCUCAUUUAUGAAAAAACAUGUACUUCUGCGUACUACGAAAUAAUGCUCUACUACUUCAAUUCCACGGUAUUUUGUUAACGUGAUCUAGAUCACGUCGUUUAAGUUAAAAAUAACAUUUAAAUUCAUUUGUUUCAAUCAUCCCAAUUCAGUAUUUUACCAAAUCUUAUUAUGCAA